CAAACCUACGCCAUUUUGAAGUUACACAGAAGAAAGUGUUCUCUAUCCUGUUCGUGACGGUAUAGGAAAAUUUGUAAUUUAUUCGUAAGAAACGCUUUCAAUUCUCUACUAAACAAACAAAAAAUCGCAAGUCAAACUAACGCGCAACUCAUUCCUUUCAAAAGUAAACGUCUAAAACGUGAUUUUCAUCUAAAUAAUUAGUGUCGGGGCUAAAUCGAAUUCACCAAUUUUUUUUGCAAAAAAAAAUCUUUGUCUAUUCCGUUCUCAUCAUUCACACCUUACACAUCUACACACGCAUUCUCCCAUAAAAUCUACAGCCAGACGCAGGGGCGAGAUACAACAAAACUGCAUGCCCGAUUACUUCAAAGCGAGCGAGCGAGAAAAGGGAUUGAAGAAGACUGAGGACUUAGGUUAAAAAAAAAAACUAAAUUAAUUUCUAACCUGCCACGCAUAAGUUAAUAAAAAAAAACUUCUCGAACCUAAAUACAUAGUUUUACAUAAAAGAAUAAAAAAAAGUUUAUGCAAUUCGAUUUUUCUUAAAUAUUUAUUUUUUAAUAAAUAUUGGAAUCGAAAAAAAACAUCAAAAGUGGGAUAUAAUUUCUAUCGUUGCUUUCCUGCAUUGUUUAAUCUUAAUACGGCAGACAACUCUAGAAAAAGGCUCAAAGCAACAGUUGAAAAAAACCUGUGAUAAAAAGAAAAUAAGAAGUCACGCAAAACAAAAAAAUCUUUAACGAUUUUUCUCAAACUAUAAAAUCACACAAAAUUAAAGCUAAAAUAUUACCACAAGAAUUAAAUUAAAAGGUUCGAUUUGAAAGUAGGAACAACAUUAAAAAAAGGUUUCAUUCCGUCAGCCAUUAGCAGACGAGAAACAAUCGGAGAAGUAGUCGUGUGGUGCAGUCAACGGGAGUUUUUGCUGAUGAGGAUUCACUGGCAGCAUGAGUACACUGGGGGGAAGUAGGGGAGAGCGAAAUGCCAAGCCCAAGUUCGCAGCACUCGAUAUAAAUCGAAUGUACAAAAAUAGUCGUGGCGAAUCUGUCGAACCAUCUGCACAAAAAAAUCAAGUGCCCCGUAAACAUGGAAUGCAAAGUUUGGGCAAAGUGCCGUCCGCUAGGCGACCACCAGCUAAUCUUCCAUCCCUGAAAGCUGAAGUAAGUUCGCCGAAUACCAACAAUAACACACCUGGACAAGAAGUUGGAACAUCUAUUAAUCAAACAUCUGCCGGCUCAUCACAAGGAACAUUAGUUAAAUCAUCAGUGGUGUCAAAUUUAAGCAGCGUCAGUUCCCUUGCAACUAACAACAACAACAACGCUAGCAUCAAUACAAAUAGCUCUUCUAAGUUGCUAAAUAAUAUAUCAUCGUCUAGCGAAAGGCAUAACACAACUUCACAUUCUUCUUCACAUUCAACACUUAAUAAUAGUUCAGCAAUAACAUGGUCAUCGGUAACAACAGGCCACGAUCACCUGAACAAUUCUGGUGGUGGGAGUGGAGGCAAAAACUCUGCCCCGCCGCUUUAUCAAAGUCCACAAUUCCAACACGAAUUUCCAUCAUUAGAUGGUACUGGUGCUCCGAGUCACCAAAAAGGUGCAUCCUCAUCAUCUGUUUCAGGAAAUCAACAGCACCAAUCACAUCAGCAGCAGUUUCACCAACACAACAACAAUUACCACCAUCAUCCAAACCAACAGCAGCAACAACCACAACAACAAUACAAUCAAAACUACAGAGAUGGCAAUGGCGGAAGAGACGAACGAGAUCAAUAUCAUCACCAGAACAAACAGCAGCAUCAAUACCAGCAUCAUCAUCACCAACAACACCACCACCAGCAUCAAUCGUCAUCGAGGAUGACAACACAAGAGGGCGAUGUGCAACAAGUAAGUCUAAGACCGCAAACGGAUGCCAAUACAUGGACAAAUCAGCAACAGGGUGGCAAACAGCAGCAUGUACAAAACGAAGGUGGGCAGCAACAGACUACUGGCAACCAACAGGGCCAGGCCCCCCUGCAAGCGGUUCCACCUCCAUUGCUCGCUCUAAUGCCAUCAUUUAUGGUGCGUGGGGGUGGAGGCUCCUCUGCGUCUUCUUCAGACACACAGGGACGCUCAUUAACGCCACCAACAGUUGGAGCGGACUAUCAAUAUCAUCGUCAACAAAAUGGCGGCGGCGAAAGAGGAAAUUAUUCAUCAACCGUGAAUCAGGGGUCUAACAACAGAGGCAAUAAUCAGAAAGAUUAUCGUUCGAAUUCACCAAAUGUGAUUGUCAGUGGCGGCAGUUCAUUCCGAUCAAAUGUAACAAUGAUGGGCAAACGCCCUCCACAAGUAAAUACACCGCCUCCGCAGCAACAGCGCCAAAAUAAAGAUUUGGUCGCUUCGAGCCUUCCACCACCAUAUGUCGAACCCGAAGUUGCACUUCAACAAAGGCCAAUAAUUAAAGAGGAAGACUUGGAGCGCUUGAAUGCAAUCGCCAAAGAUGACAGUUGGACGCAACAAGAUGAUAUCGAUUACAACCCAAAGCUGGCUUAUUCUGACGAUGAGGAUGAAUCACCUUCACCAGAUACCGAGCGACAGCCAAUGUUUGCAACGACGACAGCAGCAAAAAUUAAUAGUGAGCAAAAAACGAUAAAUAAGUCUACAUCAGAGUCUAACAGAUCGUGGACCAGAGAUCGAGAUACAUCUAAAGAACAGCAACAUCGAAAAUCAGAAGAUAAUUCAUCUUCACAACAAAAUGGUCAUCGAGGUGUAGUCGCGCUGGAUGCUGGAGUUUACGAACGUGCAAAGCAGCGCAAAGAGGAGGAAGAAAAACGUGAGCUGGAACGGCGCCAAGCGGCGGCAAAAAAACUAUUAGAGCUGGAAAUGAAGAUGAAUAGCAAAAAAGUGGCCAACUCAGCAGGGGGUAGUGAUAAUGAUUUACCAGGGACCUCUGGAGGAGCAGGUGCUUGUGCAGUUAUAACUAAUAUUGGAUCAUAUGAAGACAGUCGCCAAAAAGACGAUGAUUAUCAACAUCAACCACAACGCGAUGUCGGUGGUCGUCGUGGUUACCAAAAAGAUGGUGGCGGUAACAGUGGCCGUGAUUACAAUCGAUACGAUAGAGAUCGAGAACGUGAUCGUGAGUAUGGCCGUAGCGGCCCAUCACAUGGAGGUCAUCAAAAGCCGGGGUUUUCAGCUCAUUUCCAAUCGAAUUUGCCACCUCGUUUUCAGAGGCAACAACAACUAUUGCUUCAGCAGCAGCAACAACAACAGUCUAACCAAUCUAAUACUAGAUCCAUCACUGCCAAUCAGCAACAGUCGACAGGUGGCGCCGGUGGGUAUUCAUCCCAUGAAAAGCAAUAUGAUUCGAAUCGAUAUAGUCAUAACCAACAUUAUAGAUCGCAGACUCAGCCACGUCGCAACGAUGGGGGCGAUAUGAUGCGGCGAAACGAUCGUAGCGACCGAGAUCAUGGUAGCUAUAGAUCCGGGUACAAUAGAAACCGAAUGGAUGAUUCCAGCGAGCACGAAGAUCGUUAUAACAGACGAAGCAACGACGAAUACCAUCGUGGAAUGUCUCGCAGCAUUUCGGACUCUUCACAACGUAAGACAAGUGUUUCUUCUAAUGAUGACCCACAGCAGCAACGUUCUUCUGAAUUUCUUGGAGGAGCUGUUGGUGGUGUAGCGUCAUCCUCAACGGUAGGAUCUUGGGCGGAAGAGACAGACGCGGAAAUCCGUCGACAACGGGAUGAGAGUUUUUCUAGUGGCCACAGCCGUAAUGAAGACGAAAUUCAUGUAAAGCAUAUAUUGCAGCGUCCACCGCAACACCAUAAAAGUGCAUCCGAAAGUAGUACUAAUACAACCAUUGACAAGCUUCCCGGUGCAGCUUCUGAAAAAGAUAACUCUUACUCGUCAACAGGCGCCACAAAAGUAGAAGAGCAAAAGGACGUAGCAAAUAAUUCAAAUAGUGAAUCAUUAGCAUUUGUUCCAACCCAAAUAUUACGUCGCUCUGAAAGUCCUACCCCACAGCCGGCUCCUGAACUAAAGUUGAAAGAAAAAUCGUCGUCAUUGAGCGAAGGAAGUUUUUCUGAAUCUUUGAACAAAAGCGACCAGCAGUGUGACCAAGUUGAUCAAAACGAACAAGUCGCUGGCAAUGUUGAAUUACAACAAAGAAAACGUAAAGAAAGCGAAAGUAACAGUGUGAGUGGUUCAGUUGCGAAAAAAGAGGAUGAGAAGGUUGAAGACAGGUCACAGCGUGGGGAUAAUAAACGACCAAGCCCCAGAGGUGUUGGAAGUGGAAAUGAUCGUAGACAUGAUAUGCGUGGUCCACCUUCAAGAGGAUACGGUUCAUAUCGUGGUGGUCCAAGCAGUGGCGGUGGAAGUUGGAGUCGAAGAGGUAGUGGAGGUGGUGUGCGAAUGGGUGGUAAUAGAAAUUACCAAAACGAGUGGAGUGAGUCAGAGAAUUCCGAAGAGGUUGAUGAAGAUGGAUACGGAAGGCGUUCAGAAAGAAGUCCAAAAGUUCCAAGAAAAGAUCAUGUCGGCCGUGAUCAAAGGAGAGGUGGAGGGGGUGGUGGUGGAAGUGGAGCAGACAGUAGCUCUCAAUCUCAUAAAGAAGGUUUUGCCCCACGUGGUGAACCUUCUAGACGUGGACGUGGAGGGGGAAAUAUAGGAAGCAGUUCACGUGUGUCGGAUUCGAAUUCUGGAUAUCGACGUGAUAAUAGAGGAGGUAAUAGCAACAUGGGGCCCCGUCGUAGUGGUGAUAAUUACAGUUCUCAACGUUCUAUUCAUGAUGAUCAGAAAGAUAAGAAAAGCAUAUCUGAAGACUCGCCCGAAACAUCUGAUAAAACAAAGCAGAAUCAGCUGGCUCUUACUGCCGGAUUAAAAAAAGCAGAUAAUGUUAUUUCCGAUUCAGAAAAAACUAAGCCGAAACAGCAAAGCCCACAGCCUACAAAAAAACCCGACGAAGGGAAAAAAUCGUCUCCACCCAAAAACUUUGGCCCUGCAUCUGGUUAUCAAAGCAUUAGGAAAGAAGGCACGUCGAGUAAUAAAAACGACGAUAAACCAGAUUUAGAAAAAGAAACUGAACGAAAGAAAUCAUUAUCGAAAGAGAAGGAAUUAGUGCAACAGCAACGCAGCAACAGUUCUGGUCAGAUAAGCACUCAACAAAGAACAAGCACAGGCUCGUCAGGUAUGACCCAGAAAAAGGAGGAAAGACCGUCAAUGACAUCCUCAACAUCAUCUAAACCCGUCACGUCUACAACAAAGCCUCCCCCUGGUCUAGGUUUUAAACAGCCAAACUCAUCAAUUUCCGGGAAUCAGCAACAAUCUUCGACAAGCAGUUCUUCAACAAAUAAAGAUUCUGUUUUACAGAAGAGUAAAUCAUCAACCGACGCACGUGGCGGAAGUACCUCGUCAUCUUCAACGUCCUCUCAACAAUCUUCAUCUUCCAAUAACAAGAUUCUACCACAGCGAUUGAAUAAAACACAACAAUGGGAGACAACUAGCAGAACAUCAUCUAUCGCUAAUUGGGAAAAGGGAGAUAAGUCACCAGAAGGACCGUCAAACGAUAAUACAUCUGGUAGCGAGAAUAAAGACAAGAAAUCGAUCGCAACUGAUAAAUCGGUUAUUGAUGGUGUUAACGCUCCCGUCAAUACAAUUAUAUUCGAAAACACUAACUAUAAAACUGCAGCACAAAUCCAACAGCAACCACAAGUCAAACGACAAGUGUCAAACCAAUCUGACACGUCGUCUUCUCAAAGCGGCCCGGUUAACCAGAAAUCAUCAGAAGUACCACAAGUACAGCAACAUCAACAACAAGCUGAGGUUAUAACAACAGCUAUCUCGCAAAUGUCGUUCAAUAAUAGUAGCAAUCCAUCUGGAGGUAUAGUUCCUCCAACCGAGAAUAACAGCAACACUGAUUAUGAUAAGGAAAUGAAACUCGGUUUCACAUUUGAAACAGAAUACUCACAUAUGGCGGACGAUAAGAACCCGACCGCCAUUUCCACAGCCACUGCUCCAGUGUGUACAAAAACUGUUCCGACUAAACUUGCUGGUGGACUUCAGCCGAUCGCAACUCAAAGUGGGCCACCGCCAGUGACGUCUGGUACACCACCUGGUCAGCAAAACAUCAUAUCCACAGUAGAUCUUAAUAUGAAAAUUGCUAGUGUUAAAAAAGUCUGGGAAAGCGUGUCACCAAUGCCAACAGUUAUGGAACAUGUAGCCGCAGCGGCUGCUGUUGCUGCGCAACAAGCAAGUGAAGUUGAAGCUUCUCAACAUCUAUCUUCAAAUUACAGCAACCAACAGCACAUUCAACAUUAUGCUGUGGCACAUGCUGGCAAUAUCCAUAUGCAACAUGCACUCUCAUCUCCUGGUCCGCAACCAGCUCCUUAUGGAAAUUCAUAUGAUCCUGGAAUGGAACAGCACUUCGGACAAAAAGAAGUUUCUGACUCAGAUGGGUCUUCAGUUGUCGGUUAUAGUCCAAGCCCCCAACAUGGCCAAGUGCAAGUACCAUCUGGACCAGGAGGCCAUGGAGUUUCUAACCUGGUAAUGAAACAUGCUGCCGAUGCAGCAAAAGUUAAAGCUACUCAACAGCAGAUGCAUCCUGCAGGAUUAGGUAUGUCCCCUCCGCCUAAUGCAAUGCAACAACAGCAACAAGCAGUACAACAACAACAGCAGGCAGUACAACAAGCGCAACAACAACAUGCAGUACAGCAUCAACAACAACAACAACAACAACAACAACAACAACAACAGCAGCAACAGCAACAACAACAACAACAACAGCAACAACAACAACAGCAACAACAACAGCAACAACAACAACAACAACAACAACAACAGCAACAGCAGCAACAACAACAACAACAACAGCAGCAGCAACAACAACAACAGCAGCAGCAGCAGCACCCAAAUCAAAUGCAUCCAGCAGCUGUAGCAGCAGCUGCAGCCGCAGUAGCUCAACAGCAACAGCAGCCACAGCCGUUCUAUCAAGCAUCUCAAUUUACAGGGAUACCGACAAUUCCUAGUCCACCGGCUGUUUUAUUUAACUCAGGCACGAUGCCGUCACAAAGCGGUCUAUAUGCUCCAUUCCAAAUCGAUCAGGGUCGAUCACAGUUUUCACAGUUCCCUCCAGCCCCACAUUACGGUACGACUGGUAGCGGACCAUACAAUGCAUACAUGCAAACGCCUCCAAACAUGCCAACGGCCCCAGCACCUGAAAUGUAUUCGAAUAUUCCAUCUCAAUUCAGAAUGAGUGGAGCGGUUCAAUCGCCCUUCAAUCAGAACCAGCAAUUGAGCAACCCCAACACGGUUCUUAUAUCGUCGAACUCGAAUUCACUUAUGUCAGCCUCAGUGAAACCAACAUCUCAACAACUAGGAACUAUAGGAUCCAAAAAUAAUGCAGGAGCUGUAGCAGUAGCAGCUGCUUCAGGCCCAUAUGCUCAACAAUACAUGGGACUAUACCCGCCACAGCAAGCACCACCACCUCCUCUUCAAUCAAAUAGCUAUUAUUCAAACUCGGCAGGGGGCCAAGGUCCGUUUUAUGGCGGACCAGCGGCCGCAGGAGCUACACAAAGCUAUGGUCUCCAAACUGCGGCAGGUAUGUUCGGAGGUCACGCUGGCCCAGGUGGCCCAUCGACUGGACCUCCUCCGCAAUCGGCGCAACAAAUAGCGAGUUUUAACUCGCAGUUUAUGAAUUCGCCGUUGUUGACAGCGGCAGCGAUUAAUCAAUUCCGAGGUGGUCCGACACCUCAACAGACAGCAGCCCAAGCGUACAUGAAAUCGAAUCAAGGACAAAACCAUAUGCAGGAUUCAAUGGGGCGUCAGUUAAAGAGUCCAUUAGGUGCUGAUGUAAGUCUCAACCUAGCGAAACAAGUGCAAUCCCAACCAAGCCCACCGCAUCAUAAAAAUUACCAGAAUUGGGACUUGCAAAAUCAAGUAAUGCAACAACAGCAGCAAGUUACCCAACAGCAAAACACGCGCGGUGGCAACCCCCAAAAUAACAUGAACCCCGGUGGUCGUGGAGCUGGUGGUCAGGGACGAUAUCCUGCACCAAUUCAGAGACCAAAUAAUUAUCCACAACAUAUGCAGCCUUCUCAACCGCCACCUCAAUCCCAACGACCGCUUCGACAAGGUCACUCGGGUGGCGGAGGUGGUGGAGGGCCCCAACAAAGUGGACAGGGUGGGCCAGGCCCAGGUGGUUCUGGCAAUCCACCAGGCGGUCCACAGAUGAAUAAACCGUAUUAUGCGAAUAACGCUGGUGGAAGUAGAGCAAAUCAUUCGUAAGCAACAAUAUAAAACAGAAAUAAAAUGAAAAACCGGUAGUAAAAAAAUUAAGUUAUUAUUUGAUUUCAGUCUAUUCUUUAAUUAAAAAUAUAUAAAGUUUGCAGAAAAAAUGAAGCCCCUCAAUAAACAAUAAAAUACUACGUAAUAUAAAUUACAAUUUAUUUAUAGCUAGGAUUAAAAAAGCUUCAUGAGCGGGCGAAUGUUAAUUUAGUUUAUAUAUGUAUUUUUUUUUUUUUCAUAAAAUGCUUAGAAACUAAAUCAUAAAAUUGUGUAAAAAUGGUCAUCUACAUUAUAUUGUUUGCUGUAAUUUUAUUUUUAUAUACAUAUUUAAAUUUUAGUUACAAUUACGAUUAUUUGCAUUCUUACACAAAAAUAAAUUAAUAGAAUGAAAAAUUAA